AUGGAUGACUGCACAUGGUCCUUGAAUCACAAACACUGCUGCGCAUUGCCAAUACAAGCUAAAUCAGUACACAGCCACAUCAUAGCUCAUCCCCGUUCCAUCUUAGCACAUCCUACCUGUGUGGUUAGACCACUCCUCACAACAAGGUGCUCAUGUCUCGGCUACUGCCCCCAUUUUCUUACUACAACACAUGAGGCAGCAAAGACUUUGGAGGGAUCAUUGGAUACUGCUGGCGUUCCUGUUCUGGCAAGAAGGGAAACAGAUGGAUAUUAUUACCGCGGCACUAUAGUAAAGGGUAUAGAGGCAAGGAAAGGAACAUUCCUUGUACAGUUUGCCACACCAUUUUCAGUGGGUGAGGACACAACAUGUGUGCAACAAACAGCCAGGAGUGACAUCUUUGAGUAUGUGAAUGGACUGAGACACUCCAUCUUGCCAGGAGACAAAGUUUUGGCACCCUGGGAACCAGGACAGAAGAGAUAUGGCCCUGGCACUGUCAUUCUAGGCAUGGAGACCAGGGAUCCCCUGAGAGAGAAAGAAGAUGAAGUAAUUACAGUCAGCUUUUGGAAUGGCAAGAAAGCCAAAGUCUCAUUAGGUGUAGCCUUGUGGAUUUCACCACGGCAGUGGGAGAGGAUUAUAGAGAUGAUCCAUGUGCCCUACACCAGUAGGAAAACAUUUGAAGGGCAGGUUCACAGGGCAAACUACUACACUUGUUCAUGUGGGCCUGUAACAGGAUCUACAUAUACGUGUGCUUUAGGUGACCUCUGGAGGUUCCAGCAGCCAUAUUGCUCUUUCAUCUAUCCUCGCUACAGUUGCUUUCACCACACAUGCUCAUUGUUUGGACAGACAGGUUAUACUUCCUGUUGCUGCCCUAAAUGCAGUGGCUGCUGGUGGCAGCCCUCUUUAGCUGAAAUACCCCAGGGGAAUGUUAACGAAGAAUUCAGUAGCAAACCCACAACACAAUUGCUAGCUGUGGAAGGUCCCCCAAAAGAACAAGCAGCUGAUGAUGCCCUGUCCAGCUCUUCUUCAUUCUCCUCAGAUUCCCAAAGUGGUAAGCAAACAUGUCUGACCAAGAGCACAAUGGUUGAUCAUGCAGUGAACACCGAUUCUAGCCUUUUUGACCAGCCCAAGUUGCAGGAGAUGAGGAGACCAGAUUGGAAGUACUGGAAAAGAAGCCAUCCCAGCUCCCAUUGUAACAGCCAAGGAGCCAACAUUUUCAGCAGCAGUUGCAGAAAUGAAAGAGCUGAAACCAAAGCAGUUUCAUAUAUGGACAUGUCUCCUACUGUACUGAUCAACCAGAGUGCCAUGUUUGAAACCAUUGAACAGUCUCCUCGAAGGCAACUUACUGUGAAGGAUGUCUUGACUCACAAAGAUGUCAAACGAUCAUCAGGGGGAGAUUAA